CUCUGACGUAGUCGCUGUUACAAAAACCAUUCCCAGCUCCCCCACGACCCCACUGUGGCUGGGGGAGCUGUUGAGGGGCACAUCAGGGACAGGGGGACCUCCUGGGGACCAGGGGACGUUAUUCUUUAUGCUGCUGUCCUGGGAGGACCUGCUUCAGGGGAUGGAUCCGAAGGGAGCAUGAGAUGCCGAGACACCGACGCUGAUCUGCUGGAAAGCCCUUGCCUGCUGCUUCACCAAAGCUAACACCAGGGACCACAUCCCACCUCCUGCCCAGCAUCCGUCCAUGGAGGUGAAUGCCAUAUCCCCAUCUCCUGCACCACCCCUGCUGGAGACCGAUGGAGACAACCUAUGCAGCAUAGACAUCACUGAUGUGGCUGUGGACACUGUCACGCUCUUCAUCUGCCUCUGGGGGCUGGUGGGGAAUGGGGCUGUGUUCUGGCUCCUCGGCUUCCGCAUCCGCAGGAACUCCAUCACCACCUACAUCCUCAACCUGGCCGUGGCCGACUUCACCUUCCUCCUCUUCAUGGUCACCUCAGUCCUUUUCUACAUGAUGGAGAACAUCUUCUGCUCCCAUGUAGUGGCUCUGGUGUACCAGAGGUCGUUUUUCCUGCUCUCGCUGUUCACCUACAACAUGGGUCUGUAUCUCCUGACGGCCAUCAGCAUCGAGAGGUGCGUGUCUGUCCUCUGCUCCAGCACCCACCGCCCUCAGCGCUUGUCAGCUGUGGUGUGUGUCCUGCUCUGGGCCCUUUCCAUCACUGUCAUUGCUACAGUGACAUCUCUGUGCCUCUUGCAUGAGCACGAGCUCUGCCAGGUGGCUCUUAUCAUCAUGUAUUCCCUCAACUUCCUCAUCUUUGCCCCAUCAAUGGUCAUUUCCAGCACAAUCCUCUUCAUUAAGGUCCAGUGUCGCUCCCAGCAGCACCACCACAAGAGGCUCGACAUCGUUAUCUUCCUCGCUGUCCUCUUCUUUCUCAUCUUUGGGGUUCCCCUCAGCAUCUGGAAUUUCCUGCAGCAGUUUGGCUACAUGGCUGUGACCUCCCAGGCUGUUUUCCUGCUCGCCUGCAUCAACAGCAGCAUCAACCCCUUCAUCUACUUCUUGGUGGGGAGCUGCCGGAGGUGCUGCUCCAUGGAGCCCCUGCAGGUCGCCUUCCGGAGGGUCUUUGAGCAGCCAGAGUACAACACUGCAUUCAGCAGUGACACAAUGAUGAACGUGCUGGCCCCGGCCUAUUGAAGCCUUCCCACCACUCUGGUCCAGGCUCCUGGGACAGUGGCUGAGGCUUUUCUUGAGCAAUCAGAUUAAUAGAUGUCUGCAGCAUUUCCCCUAAUGUCAUUGUGCAGAACAGCAGACCAUCACCAAGGUCAAUGUGUGGAGGGAUGCUCUGCGGGGAGCAUUCCUUUCCUCUCCCCUUCCAUCCCUACCAUGGGGAAUGUGCCCCAGAGGACCGUGUUCCCAAAAAUCCUCUGCUUUUCAGGAUGAGCGUUGCCUUUGGUAACUCUGACUCAUGUACUUUGUGGGGGUAGAAUCUGUUUGGUGUCCUAAGCGCUUCUCCCCACCCUACCUUCACCACGGGGUGGACCAAUGCCCCACACCAGGCUCUGCCAAGGUCCCACCACCCUCCCCUGUGCCUGACAUCAAUAAACAGCAUCCUGCCUUCUCCUGGCUCCUGCUGCCGACCGGGUGUGGAUGGAGGCGGGGGAGAUGCACACACAUGGCUUGUGAUCACCAGAGCAAAACUGACGCCAACUGCUCACAACUGGGACUGCACCAUCACAACUGCUGCGGGAAGGAUGGGUGCAGGGGUUUGGUGGUGCCCUCAGGCUGUUUUAUUACUGUCACAGCAAAUAUCUCCUCAAAUAUAUAAUAUAUUUAUUUAUUUUGUGA